UUUGGUCUAAACAUGGUGACUCUGUCCCCACCUCACUUCUGCCAAAAUCCAAACGCUACUGAGUCGUUUGAAACUGUAACAUAACAUUAACACACUAAUCCACUCGAAAAACUCUUAUCUUUUCCCCAAUUUCACCCGUUUUCCCAUCCCAAACCCUAAUUUUUCUAGGGUUACCGUUAGCACCACCAAUUCACAAAAGCAAAAAUGAAAUAAAACAAAACCUCGAACUGGUUAAAACUGAAAAUGAAGCGAGGCCACCUAUCUGAAUGCGGUGUUUGCGGUUCCAAUCAAGGCUUGCUCCUUCAUAACGUCCGCCACCGUGGCACUUACCGCCGUUUAUGCACCAACUGCAUCUUGAAAUGUCACCAAGGACUCUUUUGCCCAAUCUGUCUCCAAGUUUACGACACGUCUCCACCCACUCCUCACGCGCGUCUCAUGUGUGUCAAAUGCCCCUCCAUUUGCCACCUCUCUUGCUCCUCCUCCUCCCCUACCUCAGCUUUUGUUUGCCCUUCUUGUUCAAACCCUAAUUUCAUCUUCUUCAAAGUCAACGGAGACACCCAGAUGAAUAAUAAUACUGCUACUGAUAAUAAUACUAAUAGUAAGGGAAAUGAUGACAAUAAGAGGUUUCUGGAUGUCGGUUCAGCCAGUGCUUUAGUUGCGGCCGCGAAGAUUGCGGCUUUAUCGAUGAGUAAAGCGGCAGCGAUGGCGAGAGUUGAGGCGGAGAGGAGAGUUAAGGAGGCUGCUUUGGCGAAGAAACGAGCUAGAGAGGCAUUGGAGAGGCUUUUGUAUUUGGCAGCUGAAGAGAAAGAGAGGGAAUUGAAGAAAGGGAGUGUUGGCGUUUUGGUGAAAUCUAAUAAUGUUAAAAAUGUAGGAGAGAAGAGCAGUAAUGGGUUGUAUCCGGUUCCGUCUGGUGCAGUUGCAGGGCAUUAUCAACAUCAAGAAAGCAAUCAUGGGAUUGGAAAAUAGAUUUGCAAAUUGCAAAGUAUUCAUUUUGCUUGGUGUUAUGGGGUAUGAUGAGCUGCUAAGGCUAAUUUUUGUUGUUUGAUGGGGUGAUUUGCCUUGUAAGUCUUGUAGAGAUGAUUUAGAUUUAGGAUAGAUUGUUGUGUAAUCAUGGUUUUGGGUUUGUUUAGAUAGGUUAUGUACUUGAGUCUUGUUCAAUGUAGUUGUCUGUAUUUUUCCCGACACACUCUCUAUACUUUGUUCUUCUUCUUUAUCAUCUGAAUUUCUGUGACUUUUGCUUCGAUUUGGUCAUCUGGACUAUACUCAAAGUGAGCAGCGGUUCCAUUUA